AUGCCUUCCGCUUCAGAGACCAAUACCAGUCAAGGAAACAUUACCCAAAGAGACACCGAGUCCCAUUUCACAUGGACGGAUUGUACACCAUGUUCGCAGGCCAACGAGGAAUGCAAGACCUCUGAUCCAGACACGGACAUAUGCGAUAGGUGUUUGAAGAUCGAUCCAUCGAGAUGUUAUACCGAUUGGGAAGAACACCCUGAAACAACUCAGAUUGGAACAAAUACCAGUGAUGUAAAUAUAGCUUCCGCCAGGUAA